AAAUGAUACUGUAAAAAAGAAAAAAAUACGAAAGCAUAUUAAAAACGUCAAAUUGCAUGAUCUUAGCAUAAAUGAAAAUAAAGAAAAAGCAGAAGGCUCGUAGUAUUCUAGGACUUUCCCAUAGGAUGGAUGAAACGGAAGUUUUUUGCCGUUUUGGCACGCCGUUGGAACCUUUAGAAGAAAAUGAAGUACCAUCUAAAAAACCAAUAUUAGUAGAAGAUCAAAUUGUUACAGACGAAAAUGGACGCCGAAGAUUUCAUGGAGCUUUCACUGGUGGUUUUAGUGCGGGGUUUUGGAAUACUGUGGGCUCGUUAGAAGGCUGGACUCCUAAAGAAUUUAAGAGCUCUCGAGAUGAAAAAACUAAUUUCCCAACACAAAAACCGUCAGAUUUUAUGGAUGAUGAAGAUUUUAGUGAAUUUGGCAUAGCUCCACAACGAAUUCAAACUACUGAAGAAUUCAGCGACUCUAACAGGAAUAAUAACAAAAAAAGAAAAAUUGUUGAAACAUGCGGUGGACCUAUUCCAGGAGUUCCAGUUUUGCAGCAGUUAAUAGAACCAUGUAGGGAUAAUAUUGCUUUACGAAUUUUAAAAAAGAUGGGUUGGAAAGAGGGACAGGGGAUUGGACCAAGACAAACCUUAAAAGAAAAAAAAUAUGCCAAACAAAGAUUUGAAGAGCAGUCAUCCCAAAAAAAGUACGGUUGUGAUAUGGGCCCCAUUGGUAAAACAGCGUUGCCGGAUUCUGAAGAAUCUGAUUUGUCAGAUAUGGAAGGAGUAACGUUUGCUCCAGAUGAUUAUGAGCCUUUUAUCUAUACUCCAAAAGAUAAUGUUUUCGGUUUGGGUUAUACCGGUUUAAGUCGAGAUCCAGUCUUGAAACAAAACUUUAAUUUAUUUGAACCCCUUGAAGUACUUGAUAAUGAAAAAAAACUAUCAAUUCGUGGAAAAGGUUUUGGAGUAGGUGCGCUUGAAGAAGAAGAUGAAGAUAUUUAUCAUCACGAUGACAUGAGCAAUUAUGAUUUUUCAUUAGAAAAUCAAACGAAUAAAAGUAACAGACCUGUUAAAACCGAUUUGCAAGAUCUGCAUGUAAUUGAAGGCUUUUGCAGUGCAAAAGAAUGCAAUAGCAAACCUAGGGUGUUUGAUAUUAUUAUUCCAAAGAAUUUUACACCUAGAAAUUGGUUACAACGUAAGUCGCGUUUUGAGCCAUUAGACGAAGAGAGAGCAGCUUUGUUAAAGAAACAACAAGAUGUCAAAAACAGAGGUCUUGGAAGACAUGAUGUAACUUUGGACGAAAGAAGAGCAAUACUUGAAGAUACAAAAAUAGAACAGAAAAGUGUCGAAUGUAGAGAAAUUAAAGAAAAGGAAGAUCUUGGAAAUAAAAGAAAAUUAAAUUAUUUGGAAAAAAUUAAUGAGAAAUAUAAAGUAGAAAAUAAAAAGGACGAAAUUCUUGAUAUGCUUGCAUCCAAGUCUUGCAAUUUUGUUAAAAGUGAAGUAAUUAAUGAAGAUGGUACAAUAUCUCAUAACGGAUCCAAUACUUAUUCAGAAACAGUGCAAAAGGAGAUUGAAGUAAUUCAAAAUGGGGCCAGUAAAAUUACAAAAAAAUUGGAUUCGACGACGUCAAACAUUUUUAAACCAUUUUUGGCAGAUUUAGCAAAACAAGAACGUUAUGAAAAUUUUUUGAAUAAAACUUUUAAAUCAGAUGAAGAAAUUAUUUCAUAUCUGGGUUCCAUUCAGCCACCAACAAUGUCAGAGUGGGAUCGGCAAAUGGAAAAGAAAGAAUUUGAACAAGCAAAAAGAAUAUACAAACCACUUAAAGGAAUAAUGUCAGACAGAUUCGUCUCAGAAAGCUCUGAAAAUGCUGAAAAAGCAUCAAAGAUUAUAGAUCCAGAUAGAAGGGGCAAAACCGUACGAACCAAAUCAACAUGGCAUCCCAUAUCCUUAAUUUGCAAGAGAUUUAAUAUAGCUGAACCAUUUGUAAAUUUAAUCAAAGAGGAGAAUGCAGUAAAAAAACCGAAAUUAUCUAUAUUCGAUUAUUUAGAAGACUCUGUUAACAAAAAGGAUUCAUUUGUUACACCAACUAUUAUUCCAAAAGCUGAGGAAUUUGUCAAAGUAAAUUUAGGCCAAAGGGAUAGCCCCAAAAGGUUAUCUGCAAAAGAUAUGUUUUCUAAAGAAAUUGGUAUUGGCAAAGAUUCAUCAUUAGAAAUUAUAAUUCCUAUUGAAGUUGAAAGUAAUACGAAGGAGAGAGUUUCCUCAGAGGAUUCGAUUUCUAUCGAUGUUGGAAGUAAUACUGCGGAGAAAGAAAAAGAAAUCGUAUCUAAUGAUAACAGAAAUAUUGCGACUAGAAUUGCAAAAAAAGAAAAUUCCAAAACUGAACCAAAAAAUGAACUUGAGAAAGAAAUUGAGGAAUUGAAAGACAAACCUCUUUCGGAAAAAAAAUCUGUAUAUAAAAAAAUAUUCGAGGAUUUCAGUGAUAAUGAGGAACAUGAUCUAAAUAGUAAAAGUAUUGAUAACACUGAACGCGCAACACAUAAUACAGAAAAAGAUGAAGAAAAUCUUAAAUUUCCUGCAAAUUUUGUUAAGACUGCCGCUGAAAUAAAUAUUUUAAGAAAUAAUUCACCGCCAAGAGGUAUUUUUGCGGCAUUUUUUAGAGAUCCUUCAAAAACAGAUAUAAAUCACCGACACGAGAAUGUUGGAGAGAAGGUUAAGACUGGUUUGCCAUUCGAUACUAACGAAAAACACGUAGAAAGAAAUAAUGAAAGCAUUUUGAUGGAAAGAGAUGAUAAAGAUUCAUCAAUUAUUUACGGACCGAAAGUAAAUACAAGCACUAGUGAAUUGAAUCAAUCUAUUUCUAACAAACCUAAAUUCAGUGUACAUGAUUUAAAACCGACCGUAGAUGAUAAGUUACUAAAACUUAUGGAAAAACAUAAGAAAAAAAGUAAAAUUGUCGAAGAAUGGGUAGAGUUAACACAUGAAAAUAUAAAACAGAAGAAGAAUAGUAAAAAGGAUAAAAAAAGGAAAAAAAAGAAAGACAGAUCUAAACACAGAUGUAGAAGUGGUAGUAGUAGUGAAAGUUCGAGCGCGAGUAGUGAUAGCAGCCAUAGAGUUAAAAAAAAAUCAAAGAAAAGCAAAAAAAGUAAAAAACAUAAAAAAUAAAUAGUUUUAAGUUUUAUACAUAUUUUUAAAGCACUAUGUACAUAUGUAUUAAGAUAUUUUAUUGCUUGUGCUUAUAAAUUAAAAAUUAAUAUAAGUA